AUGGUAAAUGAAUGGGAGCUUUUCAGAUUUGAAAUGAACAAGCGUGUGUUAACAGCCAAUGAGGAUCUUCCACAUGUGACUCCGCUCUAUGCUUACUGGCUAGUUUCAAAUUUCCCCAAACAGAUUUUCGCGCAUGAGAUCCUGCUUAUUGUGUCAGCCAAAGCAAUCUUCAUCACGCGAUUUGCUUUUAGGUGUUUCAAUCUGGAUCCAUUCCGAUUGACCCGAUAUUAUCCCGAUUAUAUCGAGACGGGUCUUCCUCAUCGAAAUGGACCUCAGCUCAUCCUCAUCCAGGAAUUCAAAUCGAAGAAUUCUGAAUUCUCUCCUGAACGCCCUCGUCAAGAGGCUUUCCUCUUUCGCGGAGAAAUCCCCUUCGAUUUUGCCUCGGAGUCUCUCAAGGAAAGCAAAUCCAAGAAUUGGAGGGGAACGACGGAAAUCAAAGUCCCCGUCAGAAUCAAGGACAUCGUGCGGUGGAGAUCGUUCGGUGACCUGGAGGAGGAUCAACGUCAGCCGUUGGAUGUCUCUUCCGCUUCCAGCUCUUGGAGUAGCAGCGAAGGCUCAAGUUGGAGUGACAGUGACUUCUCUUCGUACGACGGUAAUUUUGUGGAGUGUUCUCGAAACGACGUCGUGGAGGAGAAAAGAUUCUCGCCUCUUGUCGGCGCGGAUUCGGUGCAUGCGACAACAGCAAAUUCAGUUGGGACCAAGAGAGAUUUAAGUUUAAGAAGGCAAGAAGAAGAGCAAAGGAGCCCAGUUUCAGUGCUUCAGAUUGAGCAGCAUGAACUUUGUCCCUUUGAUCAAAGUCUUGUCAAUGUUCAAAGGGAAACACAGAAAUGUACGCAAAUUAUACAAAGGAUUAAUGAUCUUACAACCUUCGACGAAGGCAACGAUGACAUUGGUGAAUACGAAGAACCAGAUAGAACUGAGAAAAUGGCAUGGAAAUUGCUACAUUUUGCCAAAUCAAGUGGUUCAUUUCAAGGGAGUGAAGCUAAUUAUUUAAACAAACUAUUGUUGGAUUUCUUCAAGUAUGAAGCAAAGAAAAGGAGAAUUGAUCAAGAAGACAAUGAGUUUGAGUGUGAGAUAAUGAGAAGAGCACAAGAUUGGUUGAAUGGGUCAUUUGGUGAUGAUUUAGAAAAUAGUGAUAAGAAUGCUUGCAUUAGGGACAUGGAUAAGAGAGAAAGAUGGAACAAUUUCGAGGAGCAAAAAGUAGAACUGGCUUCGGGGAUUGAGAGUGCUAUACUAGAUAAUUUGAUUGUUGAGAUCUUCGAUGUUUCCUUCUCAUAUUUUUGAAAUUUCAAAAAUAUCUGUAAAGAAAUUAAUAAAUUAGCAAGAGCAUAUUUUUAAA